AUGGCUGUCUUCCUAUUCAAGUAUAUCCGGAGAAAGCUUAGAGAACGCGAAGCACAAGAAGCCGUUCCUACCACAGAUAAUGCACACUUAGUGCCUGAGUACACAUCAGCGCAUGAAUUUCAAGAUGGCGUGAACUAUUACAACCACACAUCCUUCCAAGAUUCAACAGGAAGCCAUGUCAACUUCCUUACUCCAGAAGAGGCAGCAUGGCAAAGAUCUCAAGACCGCAAAAACAAGAUUCGACAGUGGAAGUUACUACUAGGACUCGUGUUACCCAACUUCCUAGCUGCCACGGAUGUCACUAUCGUCGCUCCAGUCAUUCCACUCAUAUCAUCCCAUUUCGAUAAGCUCUCCGGAAGCUUCAAUUGGAUCGUAGCAGCCUACACCUUGACAUUCACCACAUUCAUCCCGAUGUCUGGGCAAUUAGCAGACAUCUACGGUCGGUAUUUUGCACUGCAAUUCCAAAUGCUUUGGAUUAUGGUAGGCAGUGUAUUCUGCGCCUCUGCUCAAUCCUGGGGCAUGCUGCUUGUAGGAAGGGCACUGCAAGGGUUAGGUGCUGCGGGUAUCAUGAAUUUGAGCCGGAUCAUCUUGUCGGAUGGUACGACGUUGGCUGAGAACUCAAGUAGCAAUUCCAUCUUAUCGUUGAUUAGUGGGUGCAGCUACGCGGUAGGACCGGUUAUAGGAGGACACCUCGCAGACGCAGGCUGGCGCUACAUAUUCGUUCUCCCCAUCGGAGUCGCAGUCCUCGCCAUGGUCCUCAUCGCCCUGCUCAUGCGCAAAGAACUCGUUCAAGGCCGCGCAACCACUCAACCCUCAACCUCACAGCACAAAAACUAUGUAUCCGGCCUCACAAUCAUCGACUGGCCGGGCCUCACCACAUUCAUCCUAGGCGUCGGCUGCAUAAUCCUCGCCACACAAUGGGGCGGAACCCAAUACGCCUGGUCCUCUCCCAUUGUCAUCCUCCCCCUCACCAUCGGCACCAUCCUCUGCAUCCUCUUCUUCACCCACGAGUACCUCCUCGCCCCCAACCGCGCCAUGUCGCGCUUUUUCCCGAGCCAAAUCCCCAUGAUCCCAUCGACACUCUUCCGCAAAAAAGAUACGACACUCCUCAUGAUCAUCAAUUUCUCCGCGGGAAUCAGCAUGGUUUGCGCGUUUUACUUUAUUUCGUAUUACUGGCAGCUUGCAGAGGGCUACUCGCCUAGUCGGGCUGGCGUGCAGUUGCUGUACUAUACACCCGGUCUGGGCGUAGGUGUCUACUCUGCUGCUCUGAUGUGUAAUGUGUGGCCAGGCCAGACGUUCUUCCCCCUCCUCAUCGGAUCGGUAGUCGAGGCCGUGGGACUCGCGCUGCUCACAUACUCCGUGUCCAUCAGACAUACGACGAUGGUUAGUGUGUUUCUCACUGUAGCUGGCGCAGGUACGGGACUGCGCUUUAUGCCUGUUGCGCUGCAUGCGGCGGGCGUGUGGUCGACGCGUGUACCUAGUAUGCAGUCGCUGCUUUCUUUUAUGCUGCCGUUGGGCGAGACAAUGGGCAUAUCCAUAAUGGGAAGUGUAUUUUCUAAUAAGCUUUCUACUUUUCUGGCUCAGAUUGCCCGGCAUGCAGGUGGUGCAGCGCUGGGUGGCUCUGGAAUCCCGAGUUCGGAACUGCUGGAUAGUCUUCCGACAGUGGUCAAGAAAGAGGUGCAGGAGGCGGCGGCCAAGGCAGUCAUGUGGGCGCUAAUUUCCGUGCUCCCGUUUAUGGGACUGGCGGUUGUUGCGGCGGUGUUUAUGGGGAAUGUGUGGAUUGGGAAGGCGGAGAAAAAGGCAAAGGAUAGGAAGAUGGGACGAAAGGCAGAGAAAGGAAAGGUUAUGUAUGGAGUUUAUCUACUUGCGUUGUGUAUGCAGAGUGUGGACGAGCGGAAACAGGAUUUGGAUGUUGAUACGGAGCAUGAGGUGAGGGCGGGGCAAACGUAGCGCGAGAUGAAAGUCUUGACACAGAGU